UUCUAAGUGUAUUUUGAUAGUAUAAGAAAACGGUUCGUUAAUUUUUCUGCAAAUAUAUUCAUAUUGCGGUAAAAAUGGUGUUGUCGUGUCGAUUUUAUAAAGAGAAAUAUCCAGAAGUGGAAGAUGUAGUAAUGGUAAAUGUACGUAGCAUAGCUGAAAUGGGAGCUUAUGUACAUUUAUUGGAAUAUAAUAAUAUUGAGGGUAUGAUUCUUCUUUCUGAAUUAUCUAGAAGACGUAUUAGAUCUAUUAAUAAACUUAUUAGAGUAGGAAAAACUGAACCAGUUGUUGUUAUCAGAGUUGACAAAGAAAAAGGUUACAUUGAUCUUAGUAAGCGUCGUGUAUCAGCUGAAGAUGUAGAAAAAUGUACAGAGAGAUAUGCAAAAGCAAAAGCUGUUAACUCAAUUCUAAGACAUGUUGCAGAAUUAUUACAUUAUGAUAGUGAUGAUCAACUGGAGGAAUUAUACCAAAAAACAGCAUGGCAUUUUGAAGAAAAAUAUAAGAAACAAAAGGCUUCUGCAUAUGAUUUCUUUAAACAGUCAGUUUUGGAUCCAUCUAUUUUAGCAGAAUGUGGUCUUGGUGAAUAUACGAAGGAAGUCCUAUUAAAUAAUAUUAAGCGAAAAUUAACUUCUCAAGCAGUUAAAAUUAGAGCAGAUGUAGAAGUAGCUUGUUAUGGUUAUGAAGGGAUUGAUGCAGUGAAAGAUGCCUUAAAAGCUGGUUUAGCACUUUCUACUGAUGAACUUCCGAUUAAAAUUAAUUUGAUUGCACCUCCAUUAUAUGUUAUGACAACAUCUACACCAGAAAAACAAGAUGGUUUAAAAGCAUUAAAUGAUGCUAUUGAUGCUAUACAAAAUAAAAUAACAUUACUAGGAGGUGUAUUUAAUGUUGCAAUGACUCCAAAAGUUGUUACUGCAACUGAUGAGGCAGAAUUAGCAAGGCAAAUGGAACGAGCUGAACUUGAAAAUGCUGAAGUAGCUGGUGAUGAUGAUGAAGAAGAAGUAGAAGGGAUGGAUGGAUUUAGUGGUGGUGAAGGUACCGAGGAUGAUAAAAAACCCGGAAACGAGUCUCAAGAAGAGGAAUAAACAUAGAAUAAAUUAAUAAAUCACCAGCCUUUCAUUAACUGACAAUUAUUCCUGAAUUACAAUCAUACUUUUCCAAGUAUGUUACUGCCUUGCUGGACAUUAUGCAGAAUAUUUUAAAUAAAUA